AUGCACGCCAAGACGGACUCGGAGGUGACGAGCCUGGCUCCAUCCUCCCCAGCGCGCUCCCCGCCGCGCGCGGCCAACAACAACCCCAACUCCGGCGGGGGCGGUGGGGUGAUGCGCGGCUCGGUGUACUACGUGCAGAGCCCGUCGCGGGACUCGCACGACGGCGAGACCACCACCAAGGGGGCCACGUCGGUGCACUCCACGCCCGCGCUCAGCCCCAUGGCGUCCCCCCGCCACUCCCACUCCUCCGUCGGCCGCGACUCCUCCUCCAGCCGCUUCUCCCGCGGCGGUGCCCACCACAAGGACAAGUCGGCGGGGCGCAAGGGCGCGCCGCCGGGGAAGGGGUGGCAGGAGAUCGGGGUCAUUGAGGAGGAGGGGCUGCUGGACGAGGAGGACCAGCGCCGCCCCAUGCCCAAGCGCUGCAAGUACUGCCUCAUCUUUGUGGGUGGAUUUGCGGUGCUCUUCACCUUCUUCGCCCUCGUCCUCUGGGGCGCCAGCCGCUCCCAGAAGCCGCAGAUCGAAAAACAGAGCAUCACUUUCGAGAACUUCAUCAUCCAGGCGGGCACGGACGCGUCGCUGGUGCCGACGGACAUGGCCACCACCAACGCCACCGUCAAGUUCACCUACAAGAACACCGGCACCUUCUUCGGCAUCCACGUCACCGCCGACCCCUUCACGCUCUCCUACUCCCAGCUCAACCUCGCCGCCGGAGACCUCAAGAAGUUCUACCAGGGGCGGAGCGGGCGGCGGACGGCGAGCGUGAACGUCAAGGGGAACAAGGUGCCGCUGUACGGCAGCGGGCCGACGCUGAUGGCGCAGCCGGCGGGGGGCAAGGGCGGCGCCGGCAAGGUGAUCCCGGUGCCGAUGGUGCUGCGGACGACGGUGCGGUCGCAGGCCUACGUGCUGGGGGCGCUGGUGAAGCCCCGCUUCACCAAGGAGGUGGAGUGCAAGGUGGUGAUGAACCCCGCCAAGCUCAACAAGCCCGUCUCGCUGGAGAAGGCCUGCAAAUACUCAUGA